GAGCUCAACAGUGAACAAGUUGAUGGUCAAAUUAAGGAGGCUGCAACAAGGUAAAAGAGCCCUGGAAGAAGAAAUUAAGGAGGUGAAAUCAGUCAGUGACUUUUUGCAGAAAGAGCUGGCAACUUUACAAACUGAAGCGUACCAACUGGAAGGAAUCCAUAAAGAAAAAGAGGAGUUGUGCAGGAAGCUGCAGUUCCAGUGUGAAGAGUGUGAGCAGGACUCUGUCAGGCACUUAAACCAGAACAAGAAAAGUGAGGAACUGCUGGAACAGUACAGAUGUGAAAUCCAGGAAUUCAAGCUUAAACACCGGAAGCAGCGCAUGAAGUUUGAAAACCAACUUCAUCAACUGAUAGAGCAGCAUAAGAAUCUGCACUCUGUCUUUUCUCCAGAAAGGCUCCCAGAUGAAAUCAAGAGCACUGAGAAUACGAAAAGUCAGAUGUUAUCAGCCGAACAAAUUAAGUUGGCUCAGCUUCACCGCCUCCUCGAGGAGCUAGAAGAGAUGGAGAAACAGAAGCAGCCAGUGACCGCAGCUGCAGAGACUAAGGAGGAGUAAAACUGCGCAUUUGUAGGUAGUGAAAAAAAAAAAGAUCUGAGGUAAUAGUCCCUUGUUUUCCUCCCAGUUGGAUGCACUUUUAUCCCUUCUUGUCAGGUGAAAACCUUAAAUCUAACAUGUCAGUUACUGGGUUGUAUCAGUGCAGGUGUUGCAGGUUCCUGCCAAAGCCUUAGGGCAAAAAACUAAAACUUCUUUAGUCAAGUCAAAUGUUUGCCUUCCAAACUGUUUAUUCAUUGGCUAUUUUGUUUUCUAAGUACUUUUUAUAUUAAUGAUGUGAUGCAUGGACUUGUUUGAUGUAUUUAUGUACAUACUGCGACUGGUUAGGGUGUUCUUCAGAUGCCAGUAUCCUAUAUAGUACUAUGUUCAUCUUACUUAUAUAUUGUAUGUUGAUAUAAUAUAAAAGUGUUCCUAUAUUUAAAAGAAAUAUACAGCUUUUAACAUUGUUGUUACAUUGUUGUCAAAUGGGUUUAUUUUAUAAAUCUUAACGAACCUAUGUAUGAAAACAGUACAACCAUUCCCUACAAUAUAUACACAUGUUGUAUUUACAGUAUGUGCACAUAGCAACGUUCAAUUUCAGUUUUAGAGAUUUAUUAAAAUACUUAUUUUUUGCAGUAUUUCAAUUACAGUGUGAUACUUUGAGGUUGUUUUGUUUUUUAAACAACCUCACAUUUAACCUGAGCAACUGAUUUCCCCCUACUUAA